AUUAAUUAUUAAUUACACAUUUAAAACUCAAAUCUGAUUUUGGCUCUCUGUAUUGGACCAUCCCCAUGACUAGAAUGUUUGGUGUGAAUUUAAUGGCAUUUUCACAGGUUUUCUCUCUCCUAAUUUCUCAUCAAUCUGCCCAUCACGAUCCCACCUUUUGUUGUCCUAUGUUUCCAAUUUCCCUUUAAUUUAUGUUGAAAAUGAAAGGUGAGAAUUUUAGCUUCAUGUUCUCAAAAAUCAUGACAAAAACAUCAUAGAGAGCCACAAUUUUUUUCUGGUUUUGAAAUUUCUAUCAAUUUACUGUCAUUUUUUCUGGGCACUUUUUCAUAACUUGGGAAAGGCCUCAAUUCUUAAAAAAUUAAUUGGGUUUUCUCAAAUUUUUUAUUUGCUGAGUGUUUGUACUAGUUUUGGGAUCAAUAUUACAGGAAAAGAAUUUGGGUAGGGUUCAAAUUCAAAUAUUUGAGUUGGAUUUUCCCAAUUUGCAGAUUGCUUGCACUAGUUUUGUAAUCAAAUUACAGUGCUGUCAACAAGAUAAGAACUUUGGAGCAAAUUUCAGAUUUCUGAAGUGGGGUUUGUUCAGUGUAGCAGAUUUCUGAGUGAUUUACAGGUAAAAUCAAAUAGUUUCUGAAGUGGGUUUUGCUUGGAUGAUGUAGAAAUGUCUUUUUUUCAUAUACACAUUCAUGAAACUUUGAUUGUGAAGGAAUGCUUUUUUAUAGUAAUUUGAGGCAAACCUAGAAGUAGGUGUUUGAUGCCUUGGUGUUAGGAUUCGAGCAAUCGAACUGCAACACUUGGGUAUUGAUUAAGGUUAUUGGUUUAUAGAUGCAAGCAAUUGAUUGAUGAAUGGUAUAUAAGAGAUGUUUGAUGGAAUUAUGACAAUGUCUUUUCAUACAUUGAACUGUCCAAUACAUUUUUUAGGGAGGAUAUAUAAACAUGGCACUUUAAAAAGCUCAAGAGUAAUUCCUGCUUUAGCUACUCCCCCUUCUUCAAUACUUGUGCACACUGGUGAAAGUGACAACUCUUUGAAAUGUGGGGGAAAUUAUGUUCCAAACAUGUCUUUAUCAAAGAAAGAUUUUAGUACUAGUUCCAUACUUAACCAAGGAAAUGCAAUUGGUGUGAUAGGAGGAGUAUCUCUUGAUUCUACAUUAAAUUUCGUGAAUAAGUUUGUUCGUUGGGGAUCAAAGGAGGGGAAAGAUUGUCCUCCCUUCAUUCUUUGUUCUGAUCCGCAGCUGAUGGAGGAGUUGUUGAUCUAUGAGAGAAGUUCUUUUCCUUCGUUGUAUGUUCAAGUGAGGCCUUCUAAUUUGGAUCAUACUCUGAUUGUAGAGAACUUGAAGCGCAAAAGGGCGUUUCUGGAGCAAGGGGGUGCCCAGUGCCUUGUGAUGCCUUGUCAUUUGUUGCAUUCAUGGCAUGCUGAUGUUUCUAAUGGAUGCAGUGUGCCCAUUCUUCAUAUGGCUGAGUGUGUGGCUAAGGAACUUAAGGAAGCCAAGUUAAGGCCUCUUGAAACUGGAUGUCCUUUGAGGAUUGGUGUGGUUGGUAGUGAUGCUGUACUGAAAUCAGGGUUCUACCAGGAAAAGCUACAGAAUGAGGGAUUUGAGGUCGUGCUUCCAGAUAAAGCAACCAUGGAACACACCGUGCGUCCUGCCAUUGAAGCUUUGGACAGGAAAGACAUUGAAGGGGCUCGGAACUUGCUAAGAAUUGCGCUUCAGGUUCUGUUAGUGAGGGCCGUAAACAUGGUCAUCAUUGCAUCUCAUGACAUGCAUGAGCUUUUACCCCCUGAUGACCCUCUACUUAAGAAAUGUAUUGAUCCAAUUGAUGCUUUGGUGAGGUCAACUAUCAAAUGGUCUCAAUCUGUGGAAAGAAGUUCUUAGUGAGCAGAUCUUAUAUUUUCAUUAAGCAGUAUGAAUCUGAAUUAUCAUUAUGUAAAUGCCUCCUUUUAUAGCCAUUUAUUGAUGCAGGACUUUUGUCUGUUUACAGAUUUUAUUGAAAUUGUAUUGAUUUCAGGCAUAGUAGUGAAGGACGAUUGUAAGGGUAGACUUAAUGGCAAAGUUCUGCAAUUGUUUGAUAUUCCACCCUCUGCAAGUGAAAUUCAGUCCA